CCAGAGAGUAAACAGGAAGUAGAAUUCAAUGAUCGGGUGAAAAACACCGAGGACCCAGAAGGGAUUCACUCCCGCGGUAACUUGCGCUUUCCAGGGGGUCUGCCCUCUGUUUCUAUUUUUGGCACUCCUGCGCGCGUGCCUACUCCGGUGGAGGUAUUUUGCCCUGAGCCCGCUCUCACCUCUUUAUACAGUGUCCCCAGAAUCAUGGCCGAAUACUCCUAUGUGAAGUCCACCAAACUUGUGCUCAAGGGAACCAAGGCUAAGAGUAAGAAGAAAAAGAGCAAAGAGAAGAAGAGAAAAAGAGAAGAAGAUGAAGAAACUCAGCUUGAUAUUGUUGGAAUCUGGUGGACAGUAACAAACUUUGGUGAAAUUUCAGGAACCAUAGCAAUUGAAAUGGAUAAAGGAACCUAUAUACACGCACUUGACAAUGGACUUUUUACACUGGGAGCUCCACAUAAAGAAGUUGAUGAGGGCCCUAGUCCUCCAGAGCAGUUUACAGCUGUCAAAUUGUCUGAUUCCAGAAUUGCCCUGAAAUCUGGCUAUGGAAAAUACCUUGGUAUUAAUUCAGAUGGACUUGUUGUGGGGCGUUCGGAUGCAAUUGGACCAAGAGAACAAUGGGAACCAGUCUUUCAAGAUGGGAAAAUGGCCCUAUUGGCCUCAAAUAGCUGUUUUAUUAGAUGCAACGAAGCAGGUGAUAUAGAAGCGAAAAGUAAAACAGCAGGAGAAGAAGAAAUGAUAAAGAUUAGAUCCUGUGCUGAAAGAGAAACUAAGAAAAAAGAUGAUAUUCCAGAAGAAGACAAAGGAAAUGUUAAACAGUGUGAAAUCAAUUAUGUAAAGAAAUUUCAGAGCUUCCAAGACCACAAACUUAAAAUAAGUAAAGAAGACAGUAAAAUUCUCAAAAAGGCCCGGAAGGAUGGAUUUUUACAUGAAACACUUCUGGACAGGAGAGCCAAAUUGAAGGCUGAUAGAUACUGCAAAUGACCAGAAUUUUUGUUUCUGUCUCCCCCUAUUGUUUUUUUCUGAAUAAAAUAAUCAAUGGAAGUGUUUUUACAGA